AUGGCCAAUGUCAGCUCUUGGGCAGCAUUUUCCUAUGACACUAACAACACCUCCACUGACAUAAAUGACAUAGAGCUUGGACUCUCUGGAGAAAACAAGCAGUUAAGACUCUAUAUUUUUGGCACCAGACGAGACAUUGAGAUCAAUCUGGCCAUUUUUGUGUGGUAUAGUGUGUGCUGCUUGUGGGACACCAGGAAACAUCUGCUGGAGGUCUACUGCAAUGGUAAUCUUGUGCAUACUGAAACCAUUGGCAGCGCUGAGUGCCUGAAACCUAACGGUAGCCUGGUGCUGGGUCAUCUGCACAAAAGAAAAGAUGGCUUUAUUGUGCGGGUAAGCAACAGCUUCAUUGGCAGCUUGUACUACUUCCAAAUGUGGGACCGUGUGAUGGGUUGGGAAGAGCUGCUGGACUGCACCAUGGGCAAUGCUGUCAGCUGGAAGGAAGGGUACUGGAACUUCAGCAGCAUCCUUCCCACUGUGGACCGUCACCUGCGCUGUGCAGGAUCGAGUGAAGUGUCAUCAACAAGGGCUCCCACGCUGCUGCCGUUAUCCCCAACUGGUAGCACCAAUGGCACCAUUCCACUCAGCUUCUUUAACGUUGACAUGAACUUUUCCCUUUUCUACAAAUCUGAGCAAGCUCCUGAUUACUAUGAUGCAAGGAAGCUUCUUGGAAAUUGGUUUAGUAUCAUAUUUACUGGAGAAGAAUUUGUGGUGACAAACUUUAAAGUCAGGGGUAUUUAUCCACAAAGCAGUGUCUAUAAGAGGGCUCAUAAGAUGAAGGUAAAGCAGAUGUCACAAAGCUACGUCUGUAAGGGCAUUAUAAAGGCUACAUCACUUGAAAUGCAAGAAGUGCUGAGUUUCAAGAUCAAACAGUUGUUGAAUGACACUUACAAGGAGGGACCACUGUCCUUAUUUGUGAAGCCUGAAGAUGUGGCUGUCAAGCCAAUAGCACUAAUGGAUUGUCCAGAAAGCUUUUCACACACAACCUACAAGGGAAAUUAUUCCUGGCCGCUAACAAGUCCAGCUACCAAAACAGAGGUCAGCUGCAAGAAAAACCCUCUGCAGUCUGCUCAAAGGAGUUGUGCAAUUAAUAUUGAACUUGAACAAGCUUUUUGGAAGAAACCAAAUAUGACUGAAUGUAAAUUACUGGAAGAACUUCCAAAUAAUAUUUUAGACCUCCAUGAUAUCAUGAUAACAGAAGGUGACAAUUUUGUAAUAGAUCAGAAGCAUUAUGACCAUAUGGAAAGAGAGGAGAAGCAGACUAACUCCUUGCUUUAA